CAUACCCCCACACACACACACACAGUCCCUGGGCUCUCAGUCUCGUCCUCCUGCCUCUGAGAGGAAGAUGGUACCGUGCACAGUGCGUCCUGUACGCGGAGCCAGGCCGUCACACACCGACUCGCUGCGGGAAUUUUGAACUCAUCAUGCCGGGAUACGUCCGAUUCCUGCUCCUACUUCUGUGCUUGAUCCUCAUCGGAGAGUGCAGGAGACACAAAAGCCGGAAAAAGCGAUCGUGGACAUCGCCGGCGGAGAUUCACAAGCAGGGCAACUUGAGUGACAUCCCUCUGACGAAGAAGAUUUCGGAUGGAACCAAAUCCCGAAAGGUGAAGACCAGCCACCUUCUGCGCAUAGACGACCAUGAUUUCACUAUGAGGCCCGCCUUCGCAGGUCCUGCUGUCCCGGUCGGCGUGGAUGUUCAGGUGGAGAGUUUGGACAGCAUAUCCGAGGUCGACAUGGACUUCACCAUGACCCUGUAUCUGAGGCACUACUGGAAGGACGAGAGGCUGGCCUUCCCCAGCUCCACCAACAAGAGCAUGACCUUCGACGGGCGACUGGUGAAGAAAAUCUGGGUACCUGACGUGUUUUUCGUCCACUCCAAGAGGUCUUUCAUCCACGACACCACCACCGACAACAUCAUGCUGCGGGUCUUCCCAGAUGGUCACGUCCUGUACAGCCUGAGGGUCACGGUUACUGCUGCAUGCAACAUGGAUUUCAGUCGCUUCCCUUUGGACUCGCAGACAUGCACGCUGGAGCUGGAGAGCUAUGCUUACACGGACGAGGACCUGAUGCUGUACUGGAAAAGCGGUGAUGAGUCUCUGAGCACCGACGACAGGAUUUCCCUGUCGCAGUUCCUCAUCCAGAAGUUUCACACUACCUCUAGACUGGCUUUCUACAGCAGCACAGGCUGGUACAACCGUCUGUACAUCAACUUCACCCUGCGGCGUCACAUCUUCUUUUUCCUGCUGCAGACCUACUUCCCCGCCACUCUGAUGGUCAUGCUGUCCUGGGUGUCCUUCUGGAUCGACCGCAGGGCCGUCCCUGCCAGAGUCUCAUUAGGUAUAACCACGGUGCUCACCAUGUCCACCAUCAUCACUGGAGUCAACGCCUCCAUGCCCAGGGUCUCCUACAUCAAAGCUGUGGACAUUUACCUCUGGGUCAGCUUUGUCUUUGUCUUCCUGUCUGUCCUUGAAUAUGCUGCCGUCAACUACCUGACGACAGUGAGGGACGGAAAAGACCGGAAGCUCAGGGAAAAAGUCAGGGAACAGAACCUCCCUUGCACCUGUGGCAUGUCCCAUACCAGGACCAUGAUGCUGGACGGUACCUACAGCGAGGCAGACACUAACAGCUUGGCAGGGUACACCAGAGCCUCCAUGACGGCUGAGGACGCGUCUGAAAAACAAGAACGAAUGGUGGUGCAUCUCUCUCUGGACAACGAGUCCACGGGGACCAAGAAAAAGGGCAUCCGCGGCUUCCGGAUAAUCCAGAACACCCACGCUAUUGACACCUACUCUCGCAUGAUUUUCCCUGGUGCCUACAUCCUUUUUAACCUGAUCUACUGGUGUGUGUACUGCUGAGUGUGUGUGUUUCAGCCUAAACUGAAGCAGUGAAAGGAAAAAAAAAAACUGCUUAACCAUUUCAUUGACAUUGGAAAAGAGAUAGUUGUUCCCAUACUGCAUGAUCAGGUGGAGCGGCGAGUGGAGCGGACAGAUGGCUGAAAAAUACCACAGGCUUCUGGGUGUACAUUUUUCACUAACUCUCGCCCAUGUCACCACUGGACUGGACCACUAAUGCAGUUUCUCCUCCUUUAUAUAAUUAUAUCCUAAGCUCAUAGGUACUCCAAUCACAUUCCAACAACCUGGUGGGGCUAGUUGCACAAGUUAUGCUGUUCGACUAGUCUACUGCCAGUUGUAAAAAAAAUAUAAACUGAAUAAUUUAAGACUGACAUGGUAGCCACUGAACCCCAGGGUCACCACCAUUGACUUGUAUUAAUUUGGUAUUUGGCAACACAAUCCAUGUUUGACAGAUCUUUUACUCUCAUUUUUCUCUGUUUUGGUCUCCACCAUCUCCCAAGGAAAAUAGUUGGCUCUUUGGGGAAAACAAGGUUGAUGAGAGUAGAGAAUAAAGGCCAGAAAACCAAAACAAUUAGUUAAAAGAGACUAAAAAGCUCUGUGGUGUAGUAAUUCUUUCUGGGUUUAUCACUAUAGCAAUUCCCUUUACAUUGCAUAUAGUUAUAUCUUUGGUUGAUACAGAAAAUAUUGAUUUGCCAAGCUUUAAGAUUGUCACAGCUUUUUAAAACUGAGGAACUUGUAUGUCUAUGUGAAGCUGGACUGUUGUGAUCUGAGCCAUAUUCAGACUGUUGUCUUUGUGCAGCCAGGCUCUGCCUAGACAUCCCUAAAUAAUACUCUCUAUUUUUCAUGAUCAAACUGUCAAAAUAAUAACAGCAUAUCAUUUGGCUGCUAUUGUCUCUGUAACCUUUGGAGCUGACUGAGUCACAUUACUGAGCAUUUAAUGAGGCAGUAAGUGAGCUAAAUACCAGGCUUUCUUCCCUGAACAUCACUCCAACUACAGUGACAACAUUACAGUUCAACUGACAGUCAGCGCUCCUUUCCCAGUGUUACUCAUCGACUGCUGUUCUCCAGACGACAGCAACUGAUAAAUCCAGGACUAAACAGGAUGCUCCUACUGUAUGGCAUCCUUUUUAUGAGUAAAGUGUGUAUUUAUUUAUGGAUUUGCGGGCUUCAUUGUUCACUGACUGACUUUUAUUUAAUAUUUAUUUCUUUAUUUCUUAAGCGUCAAUGGAUACACGUGCCAUUAUACCUUAAGUUGGCAAAGAAGCACGAAAUGGGGGUUGUACAAAACUGCUUGAUGCAUGCUGCAAGACGUGCAAUACUGUAUCUUUUGAGUUGUAUAUUUCCUAGAAAGGUGUUUAAAACAUGAUAAGCUUUAGCAGUGAUGUAAACCAACUUGAACCGCCUUAAGUGAACAUUUUUUUAUACACACACACAUGGUUCUAAAAUGAAUUUUGUUCAAUUUGUUUGUUUGAGUACCAUGAGUGACUGCAUAGUUUUCCUUGAGGUUUUCUCAGCAGGAUUUCAUUCGGGUUUCACAUUUUAUUUAAUGAUGUGGGUAAAAAGUAGGCUUUAAGGCUAGCCACACUGUGAUGUCUGUGAUCUCAGCCUUCACAGUUUCAUUCCACAAAACUUUAUUAUGAGUCAAUAUUUCAAAAAUGGAUUCUAUAAAAUUAUUUCAAAAAGAUAUCCACUUUUUAAAUGAAUAGUUUUACCUGAGAAAUUAGCUUCUAGUCACGCUGGAGGCUAUGGUUUGCUCCAAAAUGUAAGUACAGAAGAAAUACCAUUAACCUCUUGUGCAAAGUAUGAAUCCGGCUUUAAAUUCAUUUCAUGUCUGUGCAUUUUAAGUACAGAGCUGAAUUGGGAGGUGAGCUUAGCCUAGCACAAAGACAUGAAGCAGAGGAAACUGCACCAACCACACAUCUAAAUUUCUGUCAACACUGAGGCAGCCAUAGUAGUUGCUCGAAUCAAUCAAAGACUGUGUCCGAAAUCACUCACUAAUCAUUAGUAUAGUCCACUAAAUUGUGAAUUUGCAAAUAUUGUGCUGUUGGAAUAUUUAGUGAAAUGUUUUUGUACCCUAUCUAGUGGAGUCAUUGUUACCCACAGUGCAUUGUGAACGGUGGUGUACAACUGAUGGCAAUAUAUACCAUCAAGCGUUGCUCCUGCGGCAUUGACAGGAAGAAAAAUGGCAGCACGUAAAAAUAUCUGAAUUAUAAUGAGAAUGAAGACAGGUUUACAUUUGCCUGGUUUUUCACAUUUUACUAUGGGUUUUUCCAUCGGCUGACUUUGUUGUUGUUGCACGUCAUAAACCUGCGAAGCAAUGACCUAAUCACUGGCUCAUUACAAACCAGAGUAGUGUCUGAGAGCAUUGUUUCUUUUGCUGAUGGUCUACUAAAUGGAAGGCCCUUUAUAGUGAGAAGGGGGUGGUGAAUGACUGGGUGAUUUCGGACACAACAAUUUCUUUUUUUACAUCGAUCAAAGAAAGAAAGAGUUUUUAGCUCUCUUUUCUUUUGUUGGCUUUAUUUAUGUUUGUUUAUUUUCUUACAACAACUGUACAACUACGUCCAUUUCAUAUAUGCUUAUUGCAAUAUUUCGGUUGCUAUUGCUAAGUUGCAUAGCAUCCCACAUAGCUGACGAGCUAGGUGGGUCCCCCAUCCUUGUUUGACCUACUAUUGAUUGGUCAAAUAUUUCUCCAACCAGGGGAGGCAUUGCAGUGCACACAAUCCCAGACAUUUGAUUCAGCAGGCAAAAAGCUAGCUCUGUCCCACUCCUAAUGGGAAGCUUGGGUAGCAUCACCUUGGCUCUAGCUGCGUACAUGCCGCACAGAUAUGAGAGUGGUGUUGAUCUUUUCAUGACACCCUCAGCAAAAAUGUUCAUUUCGUAAAAAAGAAGACUGCUCUUCUAAUGGAAGGUCUCAACCUAAAUCUUCAGUUACCAUUAUGCGCUUUAGCUUCAAAGCAGCAAUAAAUUGACAAGACUUAGGCUAUGUCUCAAUUCAGGGGCUGCAUACUUCAGAGGCUGCAUCUGAAGACAGAUUACAUCACAGUCGCGCAACUAGGCUGUACCGUAUCAAAGGCACCUUCAAAUGUGGCUGACAAAUGCCUCCUUCCAUUACUGAGAAAUGAAGGCUCCAAUGAGUGGAUCCUUCCCGGCCCAACACAUCCCUGAUUUCUUUGCGCUUCAGUGACAAACUAUUUUCCAAAGACGUAAUGAUGCCAGCAAGCGAAGUGAUGUCCAAUGCUUGAGUGUCACGCUUCAACUAGACCGAACAGCUAACAGUACACAUGUUAAAAAACUAAGGGGCAUUAAAACUUUCUCGUUGUGUCAAACUUCAGCUCUGUUGCUAGGCGACAGCAAUAAGGGCGGGACGGGCUGGUGACACCGAUAAGUUCGGCCUUCAUGGGCUCCAUGGCCUUUGAAGGACGCAGUCUUCGUGGACUGGGUAGACCAAGUCCUCCGAAGGAUGCCGACCCUGAAUAGAGACACAGCUUUUGUGUGAUUACAUUUUUUUUUCUCAAGGCGCAUAUCAUUUUGGAACGGAAUUCUCAAAAACGGCAGUCAGAUUAUCUCAACAAAAGAACACAACAAGAAGACAAGCACACUACAGCUUCCAAACCGACAUCACUUCUACCUUCAUCCUCAGAAAAUGUUCAGAAUGUAAUGCUUACAGAGCAAAUUUCAUAAAUAAAGUCUUUCUUUCAUGCA